UCGAGCUCGCCAUUUUGUUGAGACCGCGAGCGCAUAAGGAACGGCGCAGACGGCUGGAUUCAUAAAACAUUAACGCUUCUCCGAACGGCGCCGCUUUAACCUCCCCGCAGCCCCCGGCGGAACCGCUAGCCGGAUGAGUGCACGGACUGCCCGCCGCUCGGCCGCCAUGGUUUCGCUGCCGUGAGGUUUGUCCGGGUCGCAGAGCUCUAAAGAUGGAGGACAGCACGGCCCGGGAAGACGCCUGCCGGGAGUACCAGUCCUCUCUGGAAGACCUGACGUUCAACAGCAAGCCGCACAUCAACAUGCUCACCAUCCUGGCCGAGGAGAACGUCACCUUCGCCAAGGAUAUCGUCGCAAUUAUCGAAGCCCAGAUCAGCAAGGCCCAACCCGCAGAGAAGCUCCCGGUUUUGUACUUAGUGGAUUCCAUAGUGAAGAAUGUUGGAGGAGAGUUCCUUGCAGUGUUUGCUAAAAACCUAAUCACUUCAUUUAUAUGUGUCUUUGAAAAGGUGGACGAAAACACUCGAAAGAGUCUGUUCAAGCUGCGCUCCACGUGGGACGAUGUGUUCCCGCUCAAGAAGCUGUACGCGCUGGACGUGCGGGUCAACUCGCUGGACCCGGCGUGGCCCAUCAAGCCACUGCCGCCCACCGUCAACGCCAACGCCAGCAUCCACGUCAACCCCAAGUUCUUAAAGCAGUCUGAUGAGGCGUCCUCGCCCCAGCCUGCGCCCGCCCAGCCAGCGGCGCCCGUGCCUCCGGCGCCCGUGCCACCGCCCGCCGUCAGCCCGUCCUGCCUGACGCAGGAGCAGCUGAUCCGCCAGCAGCUGCUGGCCAAACAGAAGCAGCUGCUGGAGCUGCAGCAGAAGAAGAUCGAGCUGGAGUUGGAGCAGACCAAAGCUCAGCUGGCGGGCGGCUUCGUGCUACCAACCACGAUGUCCGCCACCGCUCCUACAGCCAGCCCGCCGGUGCCCAGCACGCCGGCCAAAGCCAUCAGCAAACCCCCCCCUGUGAUCCGGCCCUGGAUCCCCCCUCAGACCCAGACCGACAGCAAGCCGUCCACCAGAGACCCCCGUCUGAACCGCAGCGCCCCGCCUGCCCCCCAGCCCAAAGAGGUGUCUGCUGGGAAAAAGGAAAAGCACCCGGCGCCGAGUCCGGCCGUCACUCCGGAGAAAAAGGUGCUGGAGAAAUCCCCCCGGCCGGACAAGACCAAGAUCCCGAGGAAGGACGUGGCCGAGGAGAAGCCCGCCUCCAAAUCCCCGUCCCCCAUGGCCAAAAGUGUCCCGAGCAAACCCCGCCCACCAGAGGUGGAGGCUCAGAAAGCCACGGAUGGCACGAAGAAAGACCCCCGCCUGAAGAAACGUGCGCAGGAUCGGCCUGGAGACGACGAGCAGAAGGAGAAGAAACGCUGCGGAGACAAGAAGGAGCGCGAGGAACCGCCGCGCAGCGCCAGCAAGAGCAAGCUGCUGAAUGGCGCCGUGGCCAAACAUGAGCGUGAGGAUGACGCCAUCAGCAAGCCCGAAUUCAAAGUCGGAGGCAACGCCCGCACGCACUCCCGCAAACGCACCCGCUCGCGGUCCAGGUCACGCUCCCCCACCUCCUCCCCGAAGAGGAAGGACCGGCGCUCGCCCAAGAGCCGCACGCGCAGCAACUCGCCCUCGCCGUCGCACAAAGCCAGCAAGCCGCGGAGGGUCCGAGCGGAUGAGCCGCCGCACGGAAAGCCCGGCCGGGACGAUCGGCCCGCCCCCAAGAAGAGCCAGUCGGACAGCAGGAGGUCCAAGAGGCCGGCGGAGGAGCGGCACGCCGAGUCCCGAGACCAGCACGGCCCGCGCGGCCACGACGGCGGAGGGAAGGAGCUGAAGGACGCGCCGCACCGCUGGAGGAGCGGCUGGGAGGAGAACAAGCACGCCAAGCCGUCGGAGGAGCCUCACAUGAAGUCCGGACCUCCGAGGCACAAACCGUACAGCACCCCCAGCCGCCCCACCAAUCCCCGCACGCCCAAGCACCGCCUCAGUGUGGACGCCAACCUCCAGAUCCCCGAUGUUCUCAACUCCGCCUCCAAGAAGGACCUGCUGAGGAGGGCGAGCAAGCGUCUGGAGAGCGGCGAGAUCUCCCAGGAGGACUUCCUGAACAUGGCCCACAAGAUCAAACACUUCUUCCAGUAUCAGGAGCAGCAGCGCACCGAGGGCUGGGAGCAGCCCGCCGACUUCAAGAAGCAGCCGCUACUCGGCACGCCCGCCGCGCACGCACGUCCGCACGACAACAUGAACCCGGCCGAGCUGUCGUACUACGAGCACAAGUCCAAGCUGAGGAAGACGCAGGUGAACCACCGAACACCAGGCGAGGACUGGGAGGGCGGGGAGAUUCUGGAGGAGGGCGAGGGACUGGGCAAGAGCGACAAAAUGCAGAAAUACGGCCGGCCACCACGGGACCGAGCAGGGGAACGGCGGAGCAAAGAGCGCGAGGACUCCCGGCCGCCGCUCGCUCCCAUGAUCGAGGAAUAUAACCACGGCAAAGAGUUCCCCACCCUCAAGUCUCUGCCCGGCCUGCGCUUCAGGAGGAGGGCCGACCCCCGAGAGUCCAGUGAGCGGGAGUGGAACUCGCCGCUGACGGAGCGCCAGCACUACGAGAACCGCGACGAGCACAAGAGCAGCUACGACACGCCGCGGCGGUACGACUCGAGACACGGCGACCCCCGCAGGCCUGAAGGCCCGCCCUCAUCCGGCUCUGUGGCACCCAGGAGCUGCCCCAGCCCGGUGGGCCAGGAGGCCCCGCCCCCUUGCUAUGAACGGGAGAGGCUGUCUCCUCUGCACCAGAAGGACUCGGCGGACAUGAGCCCUAUCCCGCGCUUUGAAAGCCCCAACAGCGAGCACUCGGACGACGGACCCCUGAACUUAGACGCCGCCCCUCCCCCACCCCACAAGUCCAUCCUCAAAGGGCUGCCGCGCGGGGGGCCGCUGUCCUCCGUCCACCCGCACAGUGACUCUCCGGGACACACGCCCCCUCACGACGGGGGCCACGCCCCCUUGCGUUACAAUGGCCCGGGACACAUGGGCCCCUCCAGACCGCAGCCGCCGGGGUGGUUUGAAGGUGGGGGCCCCGGGCGCUACGAUGAGGGGCAGUUUGACGGACCCCAACACGCCGGUCCCAGCAGGUUCGAUGGGCCCGCACCCUCCCACAUGCCGGACAGGGCGGAGGGCCCCGGGCAGUGUGACGGGCCCCACAUGGCCCACGGACCAAUGAGAGGCGGAGACGGCAUGAGGAGGUUUGACGGGCCCGGUCAAGGACCGGGCAGGUUUGUUGGCCAAAUGGGUCAACAGCCCCCUGUGAGGUUCGAGUCCCAGGGACCAACACAGGGCCACUUAGAGGCCCCCAUGCAGCGCUUUGACGCACCCCGCCACUUUAACAACAUGGGCCCCGGCUCCGGAUCCAUGGGCUUCCAGCAGCGGCCCCUGUGCUUUGAUGUGCCCUCAAAUCAGAUGGGCCCCAUGAGGUUCGAUGGGCCCGGGCGCUUCGAAGGGCCCAACCAAUCAGGUCCCAGGUAUGAUAUGCCUAUUCAGGGUGGGCACCCGCGCUUUGAGUACGCCCCCGGCCAGCAGGGCCCUCCCAGGUUUGCCCCCCAACACAACAUGCAGCCCCCCAUGAGGCCAAUAGCCCCGGUCAUCUACGACAACCCCAUAGCCCCCCAGCAGAACUUCCCCAUGGGCCCCCAGCGCUUCCCCGAGCCCAUGAACCCGCAGUUCCCCACAGGGCCGAUGACGUUCCCCGCACAACAGACGGGGAACUUCAACAUGCAGCCGGGCCCAGGGUUCAACCAGGCCGCCCCGGGGUCCUUCUAUAACCCCGCGGCCCCCGCUGUGGGCCUCCAGCAGCCGGUGAGCCUGAUGGGAACCAUCAACCAGCCCUUCCUGCCUCAGAACGCAGUGCCUUUCGGACAGACUCCGCAGGUCGUCCCUACAGAAAACCACUUCGGCCAGGUGGACGUCAACGACCUGCUGUCCAAACUCAUCUCCAAUGGCAUCAUCAAACCGUCGCAGCCCGACGCGGCGCCAUCUGCCGGCGCCGAGUCGUCUGCGGCUCCGGCGGCUGCUCCUCAGGCGGAGGAGGAUGAAGAAGAAGAGCAAGAGGUGGAGGAGGACGACAUCCCCGACCUCACCGGCUUCAAUAUCGACGACAUGAAACAGCGCCACGAGAGCGUGGUGACCAAGCUGUACUCAGGGAACCAGUGCUGCCUGUGCAGCAUGCGCUUCACCACCACUCAGACCGACUUGUAUGCCGACCAUCUGGACUGGCACUUCAGACAGAACCACGCCGGCAAGGUCGCCAGCAAGAAGGUGACGCACCGGCGCUGGUACUACAGCCUGACGGACUGGAUCGAGUUCGAGGAGAUCGCCGACCUGGAGGAGCGGGCCAAGAGCCAGUUCUUCGAGAAGGAGAACGAGGAGGUGGUGCAGAAGAGCCAGGCGGCGGCCAAGGAGAAGGAGUUCCAGAGCGUCCGGGCCGCCAAAGACCAAGUGGGCGAGCUGUGUGAAAUCUGCCAGGAACCGUUUGAGACGUACUGGGUGGAGGAGGAGGAGGACUGGUUCCUGAAGAACGCCAUCCGGGUCGACGACAAGAACUUCCAUCCCUCGUGUUUCGAGGAUUAUAAAAACACUUCCUCGUAUCUCGACGUCACGCCGUCUCCAAACAAGCUGCUCACGGACCACCCGCUGAGCGCCUUCACGAACACAGAGCAGGGCGAGGAGGAGGAGGAGGGCGGGGCCUCCAGUGCCGUGGACGCCGUGUCGGUAAAACAGGAAGAGGAGGAGCCGGCGGAGCCGCCCAAGGUCAAGGAGGAGAAGGCGGAGGAGGUGGCUUGCUCGGUGAAGGAAGAACAAGCGUCCUGAAAGGCUUCAGGUGUAGACGCCCCCCUCCCCACCCUCGUCCGGCUCCACCUGCAGAGGACUGCCCCCCCUCUGCGACCCACCCACUUGAAUACAUUUUUGUAUUUGGAUCGAUUGCGACCGAUUGAGGUCUUUGUGAAGAUGAUGAGAUUCUUUGGUUUGCUAAAAGCUGUAAAUGAUUUAAUUUAUGAAUUAAAGUAUUUUUU